AUGUCGGGGGUUAGGAAGGAGGGAGAGUUUCACAUCUCAUGGCGGACAAAGCCUCAAACCUUCUGCCUGGUGGUGUUCAAGGGCUGUCAGGUCAGCCUUAACCUAACUCAGGCCUUUGACGUGAAGGAUCAAGGACAGGAGAACAGGGUUCAAUGGUGCCUCCUCUCUGCCAGACUGUUCGGUGAAAGGGUCCAUGAAAUGCUGCGCCUCACUUUAAGGAAUUUAGGAAGUUAUAUGUUAGGAACUUACUGGAGAUGCACCAUUACCAACUGCCUUGCUACAAUCAACACCCGCAACAACAUCAUAGUAGGAGUUGGACGGCAACCACACAAUCACCCGGGAGACCAUGCAAGCAUCGUAGCCAAGGAGAUCAUGAACUGCAUCACUGACCGCUGCCAGAAAGAAAUCAGACCAAUCCCUACCAUCUACAGUGAGGAACUCUGCAAACUGCGUGACAACGAAUGGGAUGAAGAGACAAGAACCGUUGUAGAGAAGAUACCCAACUUCAACUCCAAGAAGUCACAGCUGUACAGAGCCAGACGCAAGCUUACACCAAAGCUACCAACCACUACCCAGGACAUUGAUCUCGAGGGAAGAUGGACGGAAACCAACACUGGAGAGCGCUUCCUACACAUUGACGAUGGUGACCAGAACAGAAUCCUUGUCUUCGCCACAUCAGAGGACUUGGCUGAGCUCGCCACCGCCGACCGCAUCUACUGUGAUGGUACUUUCUACACGUGUCCCAACAUCUUUCAUCAGAUCUACACGAUACACAUUGAGAUAGAUGGAUCCAUGUACCCAGUUGUCUACUCUCUUCUACCCGGGAAAAGUCAGCACAUCUACACAAGAUUCUUCACACUACUCAAGACAUUCAUGGCAGACAACCACCUACCCAUGUCGCCCGACACAGUAUUCGUUGACUUUGAGACAGCUGUCCACAACGCAAUCCGCACCGUCUUCCCAGGGACCGAUAUCAAGGGCUGCUUCUUCCACUACACCCAAUGCGUCUGGAGAAAGGCACUGAUGACUGGACUACAGCUUCCAUACCGGGACAACGAAGACAUCAGGAGACUGGUUCGCCGUGCAGCAGUCCUACCUCUGGUACCUGAGCAGCAAGUUGAGGAUGUCUGGUUUCACGCACUACAGGACAUUGAGUACGCCGACCUACCAGCUGACGUGACACCAUUCACGGACUAUGUUGUUGACCAAUGGGUGGAUGGAGACCGACCAGUUUGGAACCACUACGACAACGAUGGACCACGUACCACCAACCACCUAGAAGCCUGGCACGGGAAGCUGAAGAAGAUUGUGCAACACGCCCAUCCAAACAUCUUCGAGAUCAUCCAGACAUUCAAAGACAUUCAGGCUACCAACGAAAUUGCAAGACUCCAACGACGCGCCGGUGGAACCAGACGACCCCGACCCAAGAGGUACAGAAACAUUGACACCCGCCUUGCCCUGCUGAAACAGAGACUGGAGAGCAACACCAUAGACAUCAUUGCGUACGCUGAUGCAGCAUCUGAGCUUCUUCACUUGGGUUGAAAUGUCUUGCCUAGACUUGCUCUGAGCAAAACGAAUGACUUUGUACGUUGUGUCAUUGUUGCAGAUAUUUAUGUCAGUGCUAUAUAUUCAUCAUUGAAUUAGUGUUAUCACUUAUCAGUCUUUAGUGUCUCGUAUAUGCCGUUAGUGCUGUAACAUCAAUCAGUUUCUAAUAGUGUGACAUAUAAGUGCAGUGUAUUUAUUAGUAUUCAUAGUCAUGUUGCAUAUAUUUGUCAUUUCCUGGUGCUGUAUAUUUAUAAGUUUUUGUAGUAGUGCUGCAUAUAUUUAUC